AUGCUUCAUGUUCCACUUCCAGAGGUGCAGAACGAGCGGGGGGCUUGGAUCCUUUCAGGAGAACUGAACGGCUGGCCCGGUCUCAAAGACUUAGAACUCGUCUCCAUCACGUGCAAGGUGCGAUCCCUGGUGGGGACCACCAGCAUCGGUGUGCGCCGCCUGUGGCUCCAGGGUGCGGAGAGCCCUUCCAGUGACCCCGUGAGCGUGCUGAGCGCCCUGAAAGGCAAGAAGCUUCGCUCCGUGCGUGACCUGAACAGACCAUUGGGGCGAUGGGGGAGGGUCGCCCGGAGGUGGGUGAAAAGCAUGAGCGGAGAUCUGGGAGGUGCCAUGAUCCGAGCUGGAACUGGAACUGAGAAUCACCAAGAUGUGUUUUGA